CUUUUGAAUCUUCAGAACAUCGUGAAACACCUGGAACCUGAUGCAGAGGGUCGAGCCGAUGUGGUUGAUGCUCUGUCUACUAUGACGGGCAUCGCACAUCAUAUAAACAGCAUGAAGCGACGCCACGAACAUGCAGUACGAGUCCAGGAGAUCCAGAGUUUGUUAUAUGGUUGGGAGGGGGAAGAUCUUACAACAUUUGGAGAGUUGUGUGCGGAAGGAGCCUUUAGACUUGCUGGUGCAAAAGCACUGAGGCACGCUUUUCUCUUUGACCGCAUGCUGCUAAUCACCAAGAAGAAAGAAGAAGGUGUCUUAAGUUAUAAAGCUCACAUUAAGUGCUCUAACUUGAUGCUGAUAGAAAGUGUACCUGGCGAACCUUUAAGUUUCCACGUGAUUCCUUUUGACAAUCCUCGCUUGCAAUAUACUCUAAGAGCUCGCAACUUGGAGCAGAAGCGGGAGUGGGCCCUCCAACUUAAAAGAGUUAUUAUAGAGAAUUACAAUGCAGUUAUUCCAUCACAUGCCCGAAGGCUGGUUAUGGAACUUGGUCAAAAUCGAACUGAUGAUGAGAUCCUAGCUGACAAAACUCCACCUCGGCGUCAACAUUCUGCUCCUGAAUACCUUGAGAAGCGUAAACAGGAGCGUGAGCGUAGGAAGUCUGAGACAGGUCUCAGACAUCGUUUACGGCGGCAAAGGAAAUCGGACACGGGGCUCUCUGCUGGAGAACAGUCACCUUCCUCACCAAGGAGGCACAGAAGGGCAUCAAGUAGUAGUCGAGAGCGAAGCCACAGUCGAGAUGGUCUGCGAUCUGUUUCACCUGCUGCCAUCAAGGGUGAAGCAUCUCCUCAACUCGCUCUUUUACCCGAGCGAUCAUCCUCUCCAGCGGCCAUACAGUGUGGUGUGGAAACACCAUCAUCAGAGCAAGCAGCUCCUGUUCCUUCAGAAGAUUUACAGUCACCUUCCUCAUCUCCCGCAUCCUCUAUUAGCGCUUCCACGAGGGAGGUACCAAACUCAGGGAGCUGUGGAAGCUGUGCUGAUGGAUCUGAACAACCUACUGCUGGGCAAAGAUCUUUAGAAGAAAUAGUGGGUCAGUUACUACUUCAAAACCAUGAAUUUCAAAAGAUGUUGAAACGCCAGCAACGUCGGCAGCAAAUGCGCACACAUCAUCGCACUGUUUCUAAUUCUGCAACUGCUGAAACCAGCGAUACUGAAACAGAAGCUGAUGAUGGUGCUUAUGAGUCACUAACAUUACCUGUUACUCUCACACCGCCACCCAAGAUGAAAACUGAUCAGCUUCUGCAAGAUGAUGAAGAACAGGAAUCAGAUUAUGUGACUCUGGCUGCACCAAAUGGGGGGUCUGCUUCGUCAUCUCGAAGAUCUGGUGACUACGAUAAUCUGCAGCAGAUUUGGGAAAGUGUACGAAGGCAGCAAGAGGAGAUACGACGACUUGCCGAACGAGAAGGUGUGGGUGAAAGGGAUUGUGAUGACAAUGAAGAGCUCUCUUUGCAGGCCAAUGAGUCUAUUGCUACACCUUCCCUUCGCCGGGCACAGUCUUUCUGUACGUCUGGUACACCAUCGACACCCCAUUCAAGCACAGCGUCCACAACAAACACAGCAGCAUCUCUGGAGGCUCUGGACUCCGCACCUACUGCGCCAGCUGUUUGGCUGCGCCAACAGGGGGCUCACCUUGCCACUCCCAGCAAAAAGUCGGGUUCUUUACCGAGAAGUUUCCAACUUGCUCAUGGUUUUGGAACAGCCGCUGCUAUUCUGGCCGGUACAGGGCGACCAUUUACAAUUGCCUCUGAUCCUCCAUCGGAAAUUAAUUUUGAGGACAUUGAACGUUACAUGGCGCAAGCAGCAGCGAAUGGAAAUGGUGCUAGGCAUGCCUUCCCGUUGGCACCCACCUCUCCAGCAAAUGCUGCCGGAGACACCACAGAGGAUGAGAGUUUGCCUGAGGCGGCAACACCUGCUGCUAGUUUGCGGGAAUUGAACGUUCAUCCAGAGCAUAAGAUUUACAGGCCUGCUGCUGCACGAGCUGCGUUGCGACAGGUUGUUGUAAAUGUUAGUGCUCGACUCACGGCAGGUCUCCGUGCAAGUUCAGAAGCACUAGAUGACACCUCCAAUGACAAUAAUCAACAAAACAAUAGUGGUAAUACAAGUAGCGAUUCUCGCCGAGUGAGUCGCCGUAUCAUGUCUGCUUUUCGACAUUAUAGCAAGACUCGAUUGCGGUUACACAGUUUUGUUGGAGAGGAGUCACCAGUAGUGCCUGGUGAAUCUACGCCUUCAGCAGCUGCAACUCACCGGACUCCUCCACCUCCCACACCUCCACCACCACCUCCUGUGACGGUGGGUGGACAGCAACUCCCCAUUUACAAACAAGGCAGUUCACGUCUAGGGGCACGCAUUGCGCUUUGUUCUUCCGAUUACGCCAAUCCCCAGCAACUCCUCAACCACCUUCCUUCUUCGCGGCCCCAAGAGGCACGCCCUGACUCAGUCUUGUCCGCCUCUUCCGCCUUCACAUCCUCAAGUGAUGGAGAAAGACCCCCACAGCUACCACCAGGACCAAUGUGUGAUGAACUUCCCACUGUCACAACAAACGGAACCAGAGAAGAUCCUCCGUUAAGCGAUGGCUCUGCUGACAGCUAUUAUGAACGCUCAUUUGAAGCUAUUGAAUCUCUUCUAGAAAAUGAUGUGUUCCGUGAUUCAGCAGUGUUUAGUGAUCAUGAUGAUAAUGACACUCCUGAAAUUCCUGUGCCUGUGACAAAGACGUGCCCGCGCAAAGUGCCACCACCAGUUCCUGCAAAACCUGACAUGCUGAAAUGUCGAUUCAUCCAUGUAGCAGUUCCCAGUCAAACAGAUGUCAGGGAAAAAUCCCGGGUCUUAGCAGAAACUGCUGCUCGUUCUCUUGCUGCCCGCACCAAUGGCAAACUGUCUGGAAGUGAAAGCAACGGCAUACCUCGAGGACGUAUUCAAAGGCCCACGCAGCUCAUGAACAUCGAAAAUCAACGACGUCAUGAAGAAGAUUGGGAAAGUGCAUCUCAACACUCAGCAGCAUCAACUGUGGUGGAAGUGGUUCACACACCCCAACACUUGCUGUCUGACGAUGAAAGCAAUACCAUGCAACAGAAGGGUUGGGUGAAACAUGUUAUUGGAAAACUUCAGGGACCACCAAAUGGUGAAGGACAAAACUGUCGGAAAAUAACUUCUCCAUUGUAUUCUGAUGUUGCAGAUUCAGGAUGAAAUCUUUGAAUUGGUUAAAAUUUAUGUGAUCUUUUGUUUGUCUUGGCAUAUGUUUUGCAUAUGCAAAGAUAAUUUUCUUCUGUUGGCUGCUGUUUGCACUUGCUGAAGAUGUUCCCAAGACAUUUCUCCAUGAAAGAGAAAUAUAUAUGUUUUAGGUGAACAACAUUUGUGUUGGAAUCAAGUUGAGUUCUGGGAUAAUUGAAAAGUAUUUAUUGGGCAUAGUGCUCAUUAAAUUUUUGUCACUAAAGUGAGGAAUGCACAACUACGUCAGCUGGUCUGGCCCUAUGUAUUAUGAAAUUUCCUUACCUAGGAAGUGAGGAAAGCUACUUUUCUCUGAUAUUAGAAUAUCAGAUUGCAAAUAAAUAGUAGUUUACCCCCCAGGUUGUUCGCAGUUAUUUUCAAAAAUGAAAUUGGUAAAAGACAGCUUGUGUCUUGCCAAAAACCUCUGCGAAUGUAGCAGGUACUCUUCAGUAGUUUGGGUAUAGGCAACUAACUCAUACUUUUUGUAGUUGCAAUAGUUGCUUGUUUGAUCACCUAUUUGUUCAUGUGGAUUGGUGGAUUAAACUAGGCAUAAAAUGACAAUAACAUUACAGAUAUCAAAGACUUACUGCAUUUUGUUCUAAUGUUUGAGCAAAAUAGCAAUUAGAUUUCAGACUAUAAACUUUUGCUCCAAGUUCAAUUUGAAUCCAUAAUAAUGUAUAAGCUUUUGAAUAUCUCUUUCAUCAUAUCUUCUGUGCCAUGUUUUAGACAUCAGCAUAUCAUACCAAUAACAAAGAAAGAUCCUCUUGUAAUAUCAUUAGAUUGCUGAACAUCACAAAGAAAAUGUUAGUUGCCUGUUUAAAUAAAAGAAAAUUGUGAUGUUUUCUUCCUGCUUGUAGAAAACAGCGUAGGUCCUGAUCCUAAAAUUUAGAAGCAUAUAAUCAGAUGCAUAUUAGAUCACCCACUGAUUCAAAAUGACAAUAAGAGUACCAAUCUGGUCAUAUUUUUAGAACUUUUUCCUAACAGUUGUACUGGCUUUUUUAACUAGUUUACCCAGUUAACAUAUCAUCUUUGUCUUUAUUUGGCUCUUGUGAUGUUGUUUCGAGCCAUUCUCUCUCAGAAUAUAAGAAUCCUGUAGAUGACAUCAUGGCCAGUUCUACUUAAGUGAUUCCACAUCUGAGUUUGGAACUGUUAUAAGCUGUACACAAACAUCACAUCAUGUGAUUAUAUAUUCAUUUCUUUACCAAUGUUGUACAUUAUCAUUUGUUUCUUAACAGUCUUAACAAGAGUCAUCUAGGUUAAUACCUCCUAAUGGUAAAAUCUUACUUUUUACCUUCAACAUACUUGUUCACUUUUGUUGGAAAGAAUGGAAUUUGUUUAAUUAUAUUUUGUGUUCUUUAGAACAUUUUAGAAUAAAAACACAUUAGUAAAUGACAGUACUGUCUUGUCAGCUUGUGACCAUCUCUCCUGAGUUUUAAAAACAGUUCCAAGCUGAGAUGUAACAGGUUUAAAUAAAGAGUUAGAAAUUUAUCUUCUGUUGUAAAAAAACAAAUUGUACCACAGUUAUGCCAGUUAUGAAAACAUCAAGAAAGGCAAUUGCCUUGGUCUUCUCCUUUUACUCAUUUGAAAGCUGUGAGAGUUAUUGUAUUGGAGAGAUAGGUUCUUGAGUGUUGGUGUGAAGUGAAGUGAAGUGCAUUGUGCCAGAAACUACUGCUGUGAUUUGAAUUGGUUGAUAAGACUGAGCCAACAGGGAUGGGAGAAACUUGUAUGUAGCUGUGUAACUUGUGUACAGAUGGUAUGAACCAUAGACUGAUUAAUAUUAAUUUUCAUAUUUUGUACAUGUGAGUGUUUUUCAACCUAUGUAGUUCACAGUUGUUUAUUUCAAGCAAGCAUAAAGAUGUUGCAUUGUUUUAUCCCUCCUGUAUAAAUUAUGUAAAACAUUGCAUUCAUUCGUGCACUUACGAAUAUGUCUUUUAAUUAUUUAACUCACAUAAUGAUUGUCCUAAGCCCAACAUUAAAAUGUUUUCCUUCUAACCUUGAAUAUCCUCAGAAAAAGAAU